GAAUCAUACGCCGAUCAGUCAGUCACAUGUUGAUAUUAGCCGCGAAACAUUGAUUAUAAUAUUAUAACGAAACUAUUUCCAUACAGAUUUUACUAUUUCAUUAAGUUGGAAGCAACAUUUAUAUAACUAAAAUGUCAUGGAAAAGACCAAAAAGUCUUCCGAUUGGACAAGUGUGGAGCAGAUUUCAAGGGAGGCAAAGAGAUGGACAACCGGCGAAAAUGUAUCAAAUAAGGGACCUGGAAGAGGGCUAUAGAAAACAGUGUCUCGACAUGAUGCAGGAGACCUUCCUUAGAGAUGAGCCUCUUUGUGCUGUUUUGGGCAUUCCUUCUGAUCCUCCGUCUAUAGUUACGAUCAGAGCCAACUGGGAAAAGUAUCUGGACCAGGGGGUCAGCCUCGCCUGUUUUACUGAGGUGGACGGCCGUCCAGACGAGCUCGUAGCCUUCAAUAUAAUCGUCGUUAGGACUAAGGAUGAAGAAGAAGAAGAUAUUGAAAAUGUGGUAGGAGAAAGUUGGAAAAAACUCUUGAAGACUUUAGUGACUGCAGAGAAACUGGUGGAUGUGUACAGCAUCUAUGGAGUGGAUAAAUACUUGAGCUCAAGCGGCCUGACAGUGCUGCCUGCGUGCCGGGGUCAGAAUAUUGGUGCAAGGAUGAUGGCCGCUAGGGAACCUCUGUGCAAAGCGUUAGAUAUCCAUGCAGUGUGUACAGUAUUUACGGCUAUCACGUCACAAGUGUUAGCAGCUAAAACUGGUUUCGAGGUGCUCGCCGAGUUACCGUACAGUAAAAUGGCGGAACAGGGUGUGGAUCUCAGUGCCUCCGAAACUAAAAGUGCCAAAGUUAUGGGUUAUAAAUACAAUUUUUAAUAAUUACAGUUUAAAUCGAAAGUAUUACCAACGUAAAUAAAUAAUUUGAAUAUUCAAUUGUAACUAUUAGAUCGGUAGACGCAUCACUAGAGUUUUACUUAAAUUUUCGCCGCCUUUUU